UACGUAUGUAGAACCAAUGUUAGUAAUUUACCAUAAUAUAUAAUUUAUACUAUUUUUAUAUAAAAAUACGCGAUAUACAUUAGAAAGAGAAUGAAAAAAUCGAAUGACGCGUUAGUUGUAAAAUGAAUCAGAACGAAUUAAAACGAUCGACCAAAAUUUUUUUCCCUGAGCAAUUUCGAGUAAGAAAAUUGUCUUUACCGAGAUUAUAUUGGACAUUAAUUGAAAAUAGCACAAUAUAAUCAAAUCUUUGAUCAAAUAAAGUAUAAUAUUUAGAAAAAGUCAAGUUUACAGAUUAUUAACAAAAUGCUACUGUCGAUUAAAAGAAAAUAAUACUGGUUUUCAUCGAAGAAAACUACCGGUCUAAAAUGAACACUUUAUAAUCGAUAAUGAUAUUCGUUAAAUCUAGUAAGUCUCAUAAGUUUUGCUUUGUCAUUAUCCGAAGAAUUGAAGACUAUAUGAUGUUUCAUGGUUCCCCAUGGUGUGAACUUAUAAUGUGAUAUCAUUGAGAAUUUGUUUUUAUUCCACAAGAUUAUGACUAUAACCAUGUAGAAUUUAGUAUCAAGAAGAUGACGCCUCAUUUUGUAGCUCUGACACCCAUAAGAAGACGAUGUUUGAUCAUACUCUCAAUAGUAUUAAUACCAUGCGCCAUUCUAAACCUUUUAUCACCAUCAGAGUUGCAUGAAGAAACAGUCUUGCAAAAUAGUAUCGCAGAAUUACAAGCUAAAUUGGAACAUUUACAUGCUAAAUAUAUUACAAGUCAAGAAGAAAUAAAUUUAUUGUCACAUCAGUUAUUGCAAUUAAUAGAGAACAAUCACAUUUUGCCAGAUCUUCAAUUUUUACUUAACAAUGCUACAUCAAAUGUGACCAACAUAAAAUUGCCAUCUAUAUAUAACUUUCUUCCUCAUUUUUUGAACGAUCCGAAUAGUCUACGCCCAGCAUUUGUACAGAGUAAAGGUCGCACUGGAGUUAGCAUGGUACUUGGUGUACCAACAGUUAAAAGAGAAGUACAAAGUUAUUUAAUGGCAACGCUUAAAAAUUUACUAGAUCGCAUGAAUUCUGUGGAGACAGCAGAUACCUUAAUCAUCGUGUUAAUUGCAGAAACGGAUUUGGAAUAUGUAACAUAUGUUGCAAAACAAAUUGAAGUUCAGUUCCCAACCGAAUUUGAAGCUGGUGUAAUUGAUGUAAUAUCUCCAUCCGCAUCUUAUUACCCAGAUUUAUCCAAAUUGCAUGAUACUUUAGGCGAUGACCACCAAAGAGUUGUUUGGAGGUCGAAACAAAAUUUAGAUUUUGCAUUUCUUAUGUCAUACGCUCAGACAAAAGGAACAUUUUAUGUACAACUAGAAGAUGAUAUUUUAGCUAAAAAGAAUUUUAUAACAACAAUGAAAUCUUUUGCACUACAAAAGAUAGCAACUAAAGAGAAUUGGUUUGUUUUGGACUUUUGUCAAUUAGGAUUUAUCGGAAAGUUAUUUAAAUGUGCAGAACUGCCAUGGUUGAUACAAUUUUUUUUAAUGUUUCAUAACGAUAAACCAGUUGACUGGUUAUUAGAUCAUUUGGUAUCAACUAAAGUUUGUAGUCUUGACAAAGAUAGUAAACAUUGUAAAAUGGCUAAAGCAGAAUUAUGGGUUCACUACAAACCUUCGCUUUUUCAACAUAUAGGAACACACUCUUCGCUGAAAGGAAAAGUACAGAAAUUGAAGGAUAAACAAUUUGGAAAAAUAACAUUAUAUUAUGCGCACGAAAAUCCAGAAGCGACAGUAGAAACACAAAUUAAACCUUACAAACAAUAUACAUUACAAAAGGCCUAUAAAGGUGAAUCAUUCUUUUGGGGUCUUUUGCCGCAACCUGGAGACCAUUUAAAAUUCAAAUUUUCCCAUCCUAUUUUUAUAAAAAGGUACUUAUUUAGAAGUGGAAAUCCUGAGCAUCCAUCUGAUAGAUUUUAUAACACUACAGUAGAGGUCUUUACAAAGAUAUCUGCAUCCAUGAAUAGAAACAGUAAUGACAUUACCGAGGAUGGUUAUGUUAUUAUAGGAAAGUUUGACGCACUUGGGAUUGCUCAAGGAACAGUAGAUCCAAAAUUAGGGAAAAUAUUGAUACUUCGUUUGACAGUACACAGCGAAAGUGAAAAUUGGGCUAUCUUAUCUGAGAUUCAUAUAGUCGAAGAUCAUCCUAGUUGACCUUCGGAAAAAAUAUUUCGAAAAUUUUUUCGGCAUCAUUUACAGGGAUAAUAUAAGUUAAUUAUUAAAUUAUUUUUAAUUUUAUUUUCGUGUCAUCAUAUCUGAUAGAUUAUAGAUUAAAGAUUAUUUUUCACCGUCCACCAUGAGAGAUAGCUUAUAUAAUACUUUAGUAAAUCUGAUUUUAAUUUAGAAAGUGAGUUUAACAAAAUUUUGUUUUUAUAAGAUGAAUCAUCAUUACGCAUAACGGGACGAUAUAAAUAUAAGUCCUUUAUUAGCAAAAAUGUUUAAUUCUUUUUCCGAGGUAUGUUUUCGAGCAACCUACGAAAUUUUUGACCAAUUUUACCAAUUCUCUAAUCGAAACAGUACCUGCGUAGUCAAUAUAUUAUUUCAUUUAUCAAAGAUCAAAACACCACUUAUAAUUUUAUGUAGGUAUUUCUAGUAAGUGAACAAGGAAGUUUCUGUGACUUGAAUCUCUCGCACAAUAUUAUUAAUGCGAAUAGGAAUGUCAUAUACUUAACGUCGCGAUAAAAAUAAGUGCCAGACUAUUUUAAGAAAUGUUAAGGUCAGUGGAACAAACAAGUGAUUUAUCUUUUCGUAAAACAAGGAAAAAUCGUUAAACAAAUAUACAUUUGUAAUAUGUGUAAUUAUGUACAAUUUAUAUACUUUCUGUAAUAUAUUAUUAAAGGUAUAUUA